AGGAAGUUUGCCGGAAACGGACAUAAAGGAGUCCCUGCGACCGCGUAGCCUCCUGCAGCGCCCUCUGUUGGCAGAGUCGUAGCGAGGCCGAGAUGAGGUCCGUGACGUGGCUGCGUGAGCAUCCCGGCUGCCUGUGGAUGAGUGGGCGUGGGGCUGAGAGGCGACGACAGUGUGGAGCUUCCUCAGCGAUCCUGGGCUUCUCGGGGCAGGCCAACUUCAGUCCGGGCUGGAGGCCGUGCACAACACCAAGCACAUGGUGGGGUCCUCAGCUGCCUCGGGACUGGCUCCGCCGCUGCCCCUGGCCCUGGGAUGGGGGCCAAAGGUUUUGGGCAGUGGCAGCAGCAGGAGGAAGUAGCACCUGGAAGACGUGUCUUCUGAGUCGACCCUUCCUGUCUGGGGGGGCCGAACCCUGGCUGUCUUUGUUCCCAUAGCAACGACUAGGGCUCCCCUAGGUUCCAGCCCCUUAGAUACGGUGUGCCCCAGGAGAGCUCUGCAGGAGCUACAGGUCCUUCUGGUGGGAAGGGAGGCGGGAGGUGGGCUGGGGCAGCCCGGCUGGCCUGUGUGGAGACAUCACACUUCCUGGUUGGGGACAGGGUGAAGAGGGUUGGUCCCCAGCUCUGCCUUGAGCAGAGCUUCUAGUGGGUGAAGCAGUGGGGAUCUCCUGCCUGCCGGAAGGAUGGGUGGGGCUUCCACAUCGCAGCCCAGUAGGGUGGACAGACUGGUCUUCUGACCUCUGGCUCCUUGGAGGGACUGGCCUGAGGUGGGCCCUGGCAUCCCCAACCUCCUCUAAACCACCUCCCUGGAACAUGCGGGACAGGAGCCCAAGCGGCAUCUGGGGAGGGCGGGUUCUGCCAGGCACAGAGGGCUCCAGCGUGAUUGCCACUGGUUAAUGACCUGCCACCCCCGCCCCCCCGACCUCUGGUGCCGUCCAAGGACUCUGACCCCAGUGCAGUGUCUGUAGGGAAGAGGAGCCAUGGGGCUUCGGGCAGGCCCCAUCCUGCUUCUGCUGCUGUGGCUGCUGCCAGGGGCUUAUGGGGAUGUGCUGCCUUCAGAAUGCGGCCACUCCAAGGAGGCCGGGAGGAUUGUGGGAGGCCAAGACACCCAGGAAGGACGCUGGCCGUGGCAGGUUGGCCUGUGGUUGACCUCAGUGGGCCAUGUAUGUGGGGGCUCCCUCAUCCACCCACGCUGGGUGCUCACAGCUGCCCACUGCUUCCUGAGGUCUGAGGAUCCCAGGCUCUACCAUGUUAAAGUCGGAGGGCUGACACCCUCACUUUCAGAGCCCCACUCGGCCUUGGUGGCUGUGAGGAGGCUCCUGGUCCACUCCUCAUACCAUGGGACCACCACCAGCGGGGACAUUGCCCUGAUGGAGCUGGACUCCCCCUUGCAGGCCUCCCAGUUCAGCCCCAUCUGCCUCCCAGGACCCCAGACCCCCCUCGCCAUUGGGACCGUGUGCUGGGUAACGGGCUGGGGGUCCACCCAGGAGAGAGCCCUGGCGAGUGUCCUUCAGGAGGUGGCUGUGCCCCUCCUGGACUCGAACAUGUGUGAGCUGAUGUACCACCUAGGAGAGCCCAGCCUGGCUGGCCAGCGCCUCAUCCAGGACGACAUGCUCUGUGCUGGCUCUGUCCAGGGCAAGAAAGACUCCUGCCAGGGUGACUCCGGGGGGCCGCUGGUCUGCCCCAUCAAUGAUACGUGGAUCCAGGCUGGCAUUGUGAGCUGGGGAUUCGGCUGUGCCCGGCCUUUCCGGCCUGGUGUCUACACCCAGGUGCUAAGCUACACAGACUGGAUUCAGAGAACCCUGGCUGAAUCUCACUCAGGCAUGUCCGGGGCCCGCCCAGGUGCCCCCGGAUCCCACUCAGGCACCUCCAGAUCCCACCCAGUGCUGCUGCUUGAGCUGUUGACUGUAUGCUUGCUUGGGUCCCUGUGAACCAUGAGCCAUGGAGUCCGGGAUCCCCUUUCUGGUAGGAUUGAUGGAAUCUAAUAAUAAAAACUGUAGGUUUUUUAUGUGUA